UGCUUAAAGUGGCUUCCUUUCCAACGUAGAGCGCUUCCUCGGGCGUCCUGGUUGAGUUUGUAGGGUGAUUUCUUAGCUGUUUUAGGACUGAAAUGGCGUGUGUAGCUGCAGGGUCGAUAAUGGUGUCAGACUGGCACCGAAACCCUGAAAGCCGAGAAUUUUUCAGCAGGAUACUGCACAAGAAAAAGCGGAGAAAAUUCGGUCUGUUGGAAGCUCCAGUGAUGCCUCCACAUUUGAAAGCAGACAUAGUUCGCUAUAAAGUGUUCCUGUCAGGUAAAAGUGGAGUGGGGAAAACGACUCUAGCUGCUCGCCUUGCUGGUCUAGACAUGCCCAACAUACACUAUGAAACCACAGGCAUGGAGACGUGUGUGGCGUUUUGGCCUGUGAAGCUGAGGGAGAGUGGCCGCAUGCUUUUCUUCCACUUCCAGCUCUGGGACUGCGGCGAGAAUGCCAUGCGCAGAUUUGAUCACAUGCUGCCGUCCUGUAAGGAACAUGUGGAUGCCAUUCUCUUCCUGUUCUCCUUCACUGACCGUGGAUCUUUUGAGGAUCUUUCCAAUCAAAUGUCUCGGAUCACAGAGCCAUCAGACAGACUCGUCAGAUUGGUGGUUGGGACCAAAUUUGACUUGUUUAUGCACACAGAUGUAACAGAGAGUGACAUCACACGCUUUCAGGAGGUGUGGGGUGUGCCAGUGUUUCGGGUUGGAGGCGAUGUGAGUGGAGGCUUCGGUGAAAUCGCACCGCUUUUAAACGCCUUGGCAGAAAACCUGUGGCAUCAGGACUGUAUGCACGCCUCCACUUCAGUACCAUCUUACCCAGGACACAUAAUUGGCCCAGAAAUUAUUGUAUAAGCUCACAUAUUUAACAGCACACUGAUCGCCUUCAUGUUAGACACGGAAUCCAUUAUAGACUUUGUAGAAAUUCAACUCAACAAAUUCAACAAAGACCUUCACUAUAUUAUUAUAUAGCUCACUCAUACAUGCUUUGCACUUGUAUAAAAUUAAACAAAACUCUGUCAA